AUGGCUACUGUAGCCUCCGAGGCGCCAGCGCCUGCCGCCAAGAAUGGUGUGUGGAACCGUAACGAAAAACAGACAGAUGUACGUAAACAGAACAUCGUCGCUGCACGUGCUGUCGCCGAUAUGAUCCGUACCUCUAUGGGUCCUCGUGGUAUGGACAAGAUGAUCCAGGAUGGUAAGACAGGUGUAACCGUCACUAAUGAUGGUGCCACAAUACUUAAAGAGCUUAAGUUGUUCCAUCCUACAGCUCGUAUGAUGGUAGAGUUGAGCAAGUCUCAGGAUGUUGAAGCUGGUGACGGCACUACUUCUGUGAUUGUCGUAUGCGGUGCCCUGUUAGAGAUGGCUGAUAGCCUUCUUAACCAGGGUUUACACCCACAGACUGUUGCGAGUGGCUUCAAAAUGGCAGUCGAGAAGUGUGAAGAGCUGCUUGGUGAAAUUUCAAAGCCCAUCAGUCUCGAGGACAAGGAGACGCUUACUGACAUCGCCGCAAUAUCUUUGCAUUCAAAGGUCGUUUCAACCAACGCAUCGUUACUCGCACCAAUCGCUGUUGACAGUGUGUUGGCAGUCAUGGAUGAGAAGGAUUCUACGAAUGUCGACCUUAAAAACAUCCGUGUUGUCAAGAGUAUCGGCGGCACGGUGGAGGACACCGAGAUGGUAAAUGGUCUUGUUUUGACCCAGCAGAAGAUUGUACGUGUUGCUAGUGGACCUACUCGUAUAGUGAAUGCUAAAGUAGGACUGAUACAAUUUUGCUUAUCACCACCCAAGACUGAUAUGGAGAACACUGUAAUCGUUAAGGAUUACCAAUCGAUUGAUCGUAUUAUGCGUGAGGAGAGAUUGAUCACGGCACGUAUGGUGAAACAGAUUGCUGCCACGGGUUGUAACGUUCUUUUGAUACAAAAGUCUAUUUUAAGGGACGCAGUUACAGAUUUGUCGCUCGACUACCUGGCAAAGGCAAAGAUCAUGGUAAUCAAGGACAUUGAGCGUGAAGAUAUCGAAUUCAUUACUCGUGCUAUUGGUUGUGAGGAGGUUGCAAGCUUGGACCACUUCACUAAGGAGAAGCUCGGUACUGCGGAGCUUGUAGAAUCGGAAUUUGAGGGUGGUCAGCAGAUUGUUAAAAUAACAGGUGUCAAUAUGAAGAAAACAGCAUCUGUCCUUGUACGGGCAUCGAACUCGCUUAUGCUUGAUGAGGCGGAACGAUCGCUUCAUGAUGCCCUUUGUGUGGUACGUUGUCUUGUCAAGAAGCGUGCUAUCGUGGCUGGUGGCGGUGCUACUGAGAUGGCACUUUCCCAGCGUUUAUCUGCUUGGGCAGCUACUCUAGAUGGUGUUGAGCAAGUUUGCGUGAAAGCAUUUGCCGAGGCACUGGAGGUUAUCCCAUAUACCCUUGCUGAGAAUGCUGGUCUGCACCCCUUGAUGGUCAUUACCGAGCUCCGAAGCAAACACCUUGGAAAGGACGGCACUUCAUACGGUAUCAACUCUAAGAAAGGCGCGGUGUCGAACAUGAUCGAUGACAAGGUCAUCCAGCCCAUGCUCGUGACCUUAUCUGCCAUAAAGUUGGCCGCCGAAACCGUUAUGAUGAUCCUCAAGAUCGACGACAUAGUACUAUGCCGCUGA